GGGCCGCAGUCGAGCCUGGGCCGCCGCGGGCCCGCACCCAGCGCGGAGCGCGGCGCACGGCUGUGGCUGGGAGCGCGGCGCACGGCCGGAGCUCAGCCUGGCGGCCGGCCUCGGACCGGUAUGGCGGACCGGCGGCGCGCGUGGAACAUGGAGGACGACCUGCCCGUGUACCUGGCGCGGCCGGGCAGCGCGGCGCAGACCCCGCGCCAGAAGUACGGCGGCAUGUUCGCCGCGGUGGAGGGCGCCUACGAGAACAAGACCAUCGACUUCGACGCGUACAGCGUGGGCCGCCGUGGCUCGGCGCGCACGCCGCGCAGUGCCGGCCGCCUGGACGCCGUCGGCCUGCCGGGGCCCGGCGGCAGCGAGGACACGGCCAGCGACGUGAGCGAGCCCUCGGGCUCGGCCGUCAGCUCCCCCGGUGAGCGCGACGAGCGACCGCCCGCGCUGCGCAUCCGCUGCCCCGCGCCCCGCGACCUACCGCUCGGCCGGGACAAUGGCCAGAGUGACCGACUCCUCAUCAAAGGUGGACGAAUCAUCAACGAUGACCAGUCCUUCUAUGCCGAUGUCUACUUAGAAGACGGACUGAUAAAACAAAUAGGAGAGAACUUAAUCGUUCCUGGUGGAGUGAAGACCAUUGAAGCCAACGGGCGGAUGGUUAUUCCUGGAGGUAUCGAUGUGAACACAUACCUGCAGAAGCCCUCCCAGGGGAUGACUGCCGCUGACGACUUCUUCCAAGGGACCAAGGCAGCGCUGGCAGGCGGGACGACCAUGAUCAUUGACCAUGUGGUCCCUGACCCUGGGUCCAGCCUCCUGACCGCCUUUGAGAAAUGGCAUGAAGCAGCUGACACCAAAUCCUGCUGUGACUACUCCCUCCAUGUGGACAUCACAAGCUGGUACGAUGGCAUUCGAGAGGAGCUGGAAGUGCUGGUGCAGGACAAAGGUGUCAAUUCCUUCCAAGUCUACAUGGCCUAUAAGGAUCUCUACCAAAUGUCUGAUAGCCAGCUCUACGAAGCCUUCACCUUCCUUAAGGGGCUGGGAGCUGUGAUCUUGGUCCACGCGGAAAAUGGAGAUUUGAUAGCUCAGGAACAAAAGCGGAUCUUAGAGAUGGGCAUCACGGGUCCCGAAGGCCAUGCUCUGAGCAGACCUGAGGAGCUGGAGGCUGAGGCCGUGUUCCGGGCCAUCACCAUCGCGGGCCGCAUCAACUGCCCCGUGUACAUCACCAAGGUGAUGAGCAAGACUGCGGCGGACAUCAUCACCCUGGCCAGGAAGAAAGGCCCCCUCGUUUUUGGCGAGCCCAUUGCUGCCAGUCUGGGGACCGACGGCACCCAUUACUGGAGCAAGAACUGGGCCAAGGCGGCCGCGUUCGUGACGUCCCCUCCCCUGAGCCCGGACCCCACCACGCCGGACUACUUGACCUCCCUCCUGGCCUGCCUGAGGGAUGAAAAAGCCAACCCAGUGAACCUGGGUCACUUGGCUGCAACUGUUGAGCAGCAUGUUGUCUGGGGAGCGCAGCCCAUAGACAGCAGCCACGCCCGAUCCAACAGCCUCAUGCUCCUGUCUCAACACAGAGAGCGCACCGCCCACAGCAUCUUGGGGGCCCUCUGGGUUCUCCAGACCCGGAGGUCCCCGGAUCACAGCAUCUCAGGGAAGGAUAGCCUGGCACCUCGCCUGGUGGGAUCCCUCUCUUCCAGCGGAGACCUUCAGGUCACCGGCAGUGGCCACUGUCCCUACAGCACUGCCCAGAAGGCGGUGGGCAAGGAUAACUUCACUCUGAUCCCUGAGGGCGUCAACGGGAUAGAGGAGCGGAUGACCGUCGUCUGGGACAAGGCGGUGGCGACCGGCAAAAUGGAUGAGAACCAGUUCGUCGCCGUCACCAGCACCAACGCAGCCAAGAUCUUUAACCUGUACCCUAGAAAAGGGCGGAUUGCCGUGGGCUCGGACGCCGAUGUGGUCAUCUGGGACCCCGACAGGGUGAAGACCAUAACAGCCAAGAGCCACAAGUCGGCCGUGGAGUACAACAUCUUCGAGGGCAUGGAGUGCCACGGCUCCCCACUGGUGGUCAUCAGCCAGGGAAAGAUUGUCUUCGAGGACGGUAACCUCAGCGCCGACAGGGGCACCGGCCGCUUCCUCCCACGCAAGCCUUUCCCUGAGUAUCUCUACCAGCGCGUCCGAAUCAGGAGCAAGGUUUCAGGAUUGCAAGGGGUGCCCAGGGGCAUGUACGACGGUCCUGUGUACGAGGUGCCAGCGACGCCCAAAUAUGCAACUCCUGCUCCCUCUGCCAAGUCCUCGCCUUCCAAACACCAGCCUCCGCCCAUCAGAAACCUCCACCAGUCCAACUUCAGCUUAUCAGGUGCCCAGAUAGACGACAACAACCCCAGGCGCACUGGCCACCGCAUCGUGGCGCCGCCUGGUGGCCGCUCCAACAUCACCAGCCUCGGUUGACCACGGAAGUGUUGGAUGAGCUAGAGUGAAGGAUUCUGGGAGUAAUGUCUGCCCCUUUCCCUGUCAGUGUUUUUGACGCCCAUGGUUUUAUUUGGUACUGAUGGGGAGGGCGCACAUUCAAUGAUGUUCUCCCCUUUCUUGUUUAGGAAGAAGUGGUACUAGUCUGGUAUGUUUGCUUGGAAACCCCUUGCCCCGCAGUUGUGUGUUCAUGCUGACGCCACCUCAGAGCAUGGUGUCUUCAUUACCUUCUUAGUGAGCACAGGUUCUAGCCUCGUCGCGUGCCGUCCCUCCCGCUCCCCGCUCCCCGCUCCAUGAUUCUCGAGUGGUUCCUUUGCACCCUUGUAGCUGUUCUAGGAUAGUUGAUGCAUGUUACUAAGUUAUGUAUGCAAGUCUGUGAGUGCGUCUGACGGAAGAUCGCCGAGGACCCGAUGUGGACACUGCCAAGACCUCAGGCCCGCAGGGCAACUCCAAAACUCGUAACAGGAGGUGUUGACUCAUUGCCCCCACCCUAAGGCGACCCUGGAGAGCAGCCUGCCCCGCCCCACCCCAGGGGGGAGCCUUCCACUGCAGGCAGAGAAACGUGAUCUGCAUCCUGAGUCGGAAACCCCCAUCUCCAUGGCGCUCGACACUGGCCAUGCCGUCUUUCCGGUCUGUGUGUGUCCUUCCAGCCAGCCCUGGUUCAUACGCAGAAAGGGGUCUCAUCCCAUGUGGGGCUGACGACAGUGGGGCGAUGACUGCUUCCAGGUGCCCGUGUCCUCGUCCCCUGAGGAGGUUGACGGGGCAGUCAGAUUUUUAAAGUUUUGUACAAAGUUUUCCUUUGUAAUCACCCCCAUUUUUACUUAACAAUUGACUUCUUGUGGCCCUUUAUUUCUGAAUUCAAAGCUUGUGAAAAAAUAAAAGAAAUGGCCCAGUGGCCUGA